AUGGUUGGGCACAAGAAUUCCACUUGUCCAAGUUUCUCAGUACAUUCUGCCAGCGUAGAUCCUAAUACAUUGAAAGUUGUGGGAUCGACCAAUUUGCCAGUCAAAGUUUAUGUCAGAUUAGAGCAUAAUAGUCCACGUAUUCUGUGUGUGACAAAUCAUUUAAGAAAUUCAGAACUGAUAGAUCCAAUAUUUCAGUGGCAUGGACCAGGUGGUGAUUUAGUUACAGAUAAUAAAACUGUGAAAAUAACACCAACAGGAACUCUGCUAUUCAGACAUUUUAAAUAUGAUAUGAGUGGAGUUUACACAUGUUCCCUUGUAUUUAAGCCAACCGCUGAACAAGAUGAAAAGAGUUAUUUAAUCAAAUAUGUUAUUUAUGCUUAUUCUGAUCCUAACUUUUACUAUGAGUUUUCAGCACGGUAUCAUGCAGCUGCCUGCCACAGUAUCUAUAAUAAUUCUUUUAAAGACAAGCUUCUUCAGAUUCUGGCCAAGCUUGUUGUUGAACUGUCCUGUGAGGUUACAUUACGCAAGUCAGAAUGCCAUCAUGUAAAAAUGCAGAGAGCUGGAUUACAAAAUGAACUCUUCUUUACUUUUACAGUUUCUUCUCUAGAUGCAGACAAGAGCAAAAGUUCAUGUCAGAAAAGCUUAUGUGAUGUAUCAAGAAGAUUACGAAAGGCAAGAGACCUAAUAGAGAGAUUUUUUAGCCAACAAGUUGAGGUUAUUGGACGGACUGAACCACUGCCUGAGAUCUACUAUAUUGAAGGCACUCUGCAAGUUGUAUGGGUUAAUCACUGUUCACCAGGAUAUGGAAUAAAUUCUCAACUACAUCCAGAUUGCCCUAACUGUUGUGUGGUUUGCAGUCCAGGAUCAUAUAACCCUCGUGAAGGAACUCACUGCCUUCAGUGCAACAAAAGUCUGUCUUAUGGAGCAAGACGGUGUUGA